AUGGGUUGUAGGUUGAUUUGGGAAACGAAUUUGUAUUUCAUGCUGUACUCUUUCAUUCUGCCUCUCCCACAUUUAAUGUUUCACACAACUUCACAGCUGCCCCCCUUUUUACAAUUUACUUGUUCCGACGAAGCUGGCAACUACACCAACAACACCACUUUCAAGAAAAAUCUCGACACCGUACUUCUCUCCAUCUCUUCUAAAACCAGCUAUAUCGAUUACGGUUACUACAACGAAACUGCAGGCCAAGAACCGGACCGAGCCACGGCUUUAGCGCUUUGCCGUGGAGGCGUUGAGUUAGAACAAUGUAGAAGGUGUGUGUAUAACUCAACGCUGAGGAUUACUCAAGAUUGUCCAAACCAGAAAGAGGCAGAAGGAUUGUACCAGGAUUGUCAAAUUCGUUACUCAAACAACUCUAUUUAUGGGGUGAAAGACAACACUGUGCAGUUGUUUUUAGUCAACGGUGGAAGAGUUGAAGACUGGGUUGGGUUCAAUAUGGCGCUAAGAAGUUUGUUUGAUCGGUUGAAAAUGGAAGCUUCGUCGGGGAGUUCGAUUCAAAAGUCGGCUUGGGGAGGGGAGAAGGUUCGAAGUCCGAGUAUGGAUACCAUAUAUGGAUUGGUUGAUUGUUUUCCUGAUUUGUCUUAUUUGGACUGUUUUGAUUGCCUCAAUCAGCUUCAAGCUUCUCUUCCUAGUUGUUGUAAUGCCAGUAUAGGGGUCAGAUUAGCUGCAACUAGUUGUCAACUCGCUUAUGAGCUCCACCCCGUCUAUGCUCCGCUUCCGCCUCCACCUUCCCCUCUGUCUCUGUCUCCUUCCCCCUCGCAUGAAAAUAAUGACAACAGUGGUAGAAGUAGAACUACUUUUGUAAUUAUUAUGGUGACCAUCGUUUCUGCUGCUGUCAUUCUUCUUGUUGUCAUUUUUACCAUUUUGAUACUGAGGAAGAAAAAACGCAAAAGACCAUCGGACAAUUUCGAAGGCACCGGUAAUGAGAUAAUUAGUGUGGAGACGAUUCAAUUUGAUUUUGAUAGCAUUAAGGUCGCAACAAAUGACUUUGCAAGUGAAAACAAGCUUGGACAGGGUGGAUUUGGAGUUGUUUAUAAGGGUAAACUACCUGAUGGGCGAGCUAUAGCUGUGAAGAGGCUUGCAAGUAGUUCACAACAAGGGGAUGUUGAAUUCAAAAACGAAGUUCUUUUAAUGCUCAAACUUCAACAUCGAAACUUAGUUAGACUAUUGGGAUUCUGUUUGCAAGGGAGUGAGCGACUUCUUAUAUAUGAGUUUAUACAAAAUGGCAGCCUUGACCACUUCAUAUUUGAUUCUGCGAAGCGGGGACUGUUAGAUUGGGAAACACGUUGCAAAAUCAUAAAUGGCAUUGCACGAGGACUUGUUUACCUUCAUGAAGAUUCUCAACAUCGAAUCAUACAUCGUGAUCUUAAAGCUAGUAAUAUUUUGUUGGAUGAAGAUAUGAAUUCAAAGAUUUCAGAUUUUGGUAUGGCAAGAUUGUUCGAAGUAGACCAAACUCAAGGCAAUACGAAUAGAGUUGUGGGAACUUAUGGCUAUAUGGCUCCAGAGUAUGUAAUACAUGGACGGUUCUCAGUGAAAUCAGAUGUCUAUAGUUUUGGUAUUUUAGUGCUUGAGAUUUUGAGUGGUCAAAAAAACAAUUCUUUUCACAAUAAAGAACUUUCGGAAGAUCUCUCGAGCUUUGCAUGGACAAAUUGGAUGGCAGGAACAAUUUCAAAUAUCAUAGAUUCAACACUCACCGUUGGUUCAAGAAUUGAGAUGAUAAGAUGCAUCCAUAUUGGACUAUUGUGUGUUCAAGAAAAUUUAACAAACCGACCAACCAUGACUACAGUAGUUAUGAUGUUAAGUACUUCUUCUCUCACUCUCCCUAUGCCCUCUAAACCAGCAUUCUUUUUGCAUAGUUCUACAAAUAGAUAUAACGGCACACUUGCAAGGCCAGGUGGAGCUAAUUGUGAAAAUGCAUCUAUUCAACUUUCGAAGAAUUACAUUCCAAUUACGGAGGUCAAGGUCAUAGAGAUGGGAAGCUUGUGUUGUGAAACGCCCUUCUUCCUCGUCUCCUUCAUUCUCCUCCUCGUCCUCCAACACUCAAUGUUUCCCACAACUAAUUCUCAGCCAGACUUUAUAUACAGCAGCUGUUCAAACAAUGCCAUCUACACCAACAACAGCCCUUUCAAGAAAAAUCUCCACAACGUACUUUUCUCCAUCUCUUCCCAAACCACCCUACUUGAUUACGGUCGUUUCUACAACGCCACUUCUGGCGAAGAUCCCGAUCGAGCCACCGCUCUCGCUCUUUGCCGUGGAGGCGUUCCAUUAGAGCAAUGUAGAAGCUGUGUUUAUAACUCCACGCUGAGGAUUACUAAAGAUUGUCCAAAGCAGAGAGAAGCAGAGGGAUGGUACUCGGAUUGUCAAAUUCGUUACUCAAACAACUCUAUUUAUGGUGUCUUAGUCAGAAAUAUCAAGUACGUGGUGUGGAACAGGCGAACAGCAGUAAACCCAGAUGGGUUCAAUAAGGUGCUGCGCAGUUUGUUGGAUGAGCUGGGGAGGGAGGCUGCGUCGGGGAGCUCUGUUCAGAAGUCAGCUUGGGGAGAUAAGAAGGUUCCAAGUUCAAGCGUGGAUAUCAUAUAUGGAUUGGUUGAUUGUCUUCCUGAUUUGUCUUACUUGGAUUGUUUGGACUGCCUCCAUAUGCUUCAAAAAUUUCUUCCUACUUGUUGCAAUAACAGUAUGGGAGUUAGAGUAAUUGGAAUUAGUUGUCAGCUCAAUUAUGAGAGUAAACCCAUCUAUCCCUCACUUAUAUCUUCUCCUUCGCUUCCGCCAUCGCCAUUGCCAUCCUCACCUCCGACACCUGUGAUUAGUGGCAGUACAGGUAGAAGUAGAAGUAGUGUUGUAGUCGUUGUGGUGGCCGUAGUUCCUACUGUCAUUCUUCUUGUUGCCAUUUUCAUCAUUUUGAUAUUGAGGAAGCGAAAGCACAAAAGACCAUUAGACAAUUUCGAACGUGCAUCUCUUGAAGACACCACUGAUGAAAUUAGCUGUGUGGAGAUGAUUCAAUUUGAUCUUGAUAGCAUUAAAGCUGCAACAAACAACUUCGCUAGUGAAAACAAGCUCGGACAGGGUGGGUUUGGAGUUGUUUAUAAGGGUAGGCUAGCUGUUGGACGACCUAUAGCUGUGAAGAGGCUUGCGAACAAUUCACAACAAGGCGAUGCUGAAUUCAAAAAUGAAGUCCUUUUGGUGCUCAAGCUUCAACACCGAAACUUGGUUAGGCUAUUGGGAUUCUGUUUGCAAGGAAGCGAAAGACUGCUUAUAUAUGAGUUCAUACCAAAUGGCAGCCUUGACAACUUCAUAUUUGAUCCUCAGAAGCGGACACAAUUAAAUUGGGAAAGACGAUACAAGAUUAUAAAUGGCAUUGCACGAGGACUUCUUUACCUUCAUGAAGAUUCUCGCUUUCGCAUCAUACAUCGUGAUCUCAAAGCUAGCAAUAUUUUGUUGGAUCAAGAAAUGAAUCCAAAGAUUGGAGAUUUUGGUAUGGCAAGAUUAUUCGAAGUAGAUCAGACUCGAGGCAAUACAAAUAGAAUAGUUGGGACUUUUGGCUAUAUGGCUCCAGAGUAUGUAAAGCAUGGACAUUUUUCAGUAAAAUCAGAUGUUUUUAGUUUUGGUAUUUUGGUUCUUGAGAUUUUGAGCGGCAAAAAAAAUAACAAUUCUCACAAUGGAGAACAUUCCGAAGAUCUCUCAAGCUUUGUGUGGACAAAUUGGAGGGCAGGAACAACUACAAAUGUCAUAGAUUCAACUCUUACCGUUGGUUCAAGGAUGGAUAUGGAAAGAUGCAUUCAUAUUGGACUAUUGUGCAUUCAAGAAAAUUUAGUAGAUCGACCAACAAUGAAUUCAAUAGUUACAAUGCUAAGUAGUUCUACUCUCACUCUCCCUAUACCCCAUAAACCAGCAUUCUUCCUGCAUAGUAUGUCUACCAACAAUCACAUAGUAUCAAGGUCAGAUGGAAAUGGGCGUGAAAACCCCUCCAUUCAACCUUCAAUCAACAACCUUUCGAUUACAGAGAUCCAUGCUCGUUAGAUUAUUAUCUUUAAUUUUAUGCAAAGUAUAUAUCUAAUUGUUUUGGAAGUUGUUUUUUAUUUU